AGAGAGAGCUUGCAUGCUAAUAUGCAAAUUUAUUCAGUAUUUGGAGCACAUAUUUACAUUCUUCACUGAAUGUGAUGUCUUUCUAUGUAACAGAUUUGCACAGAAAACAGCUGUGAAGAUCAGAUGCAAAAUCUAACAUUUAAGAGAGACAACUAAAACAGAUUGCAUUACAAUGGAAUUGCUGUAUCUGAUGCUGAUAUUUAUCAUCAGUGACAUGAGAAAAGCUGUAAAAGGCCAGCGCUGUGGGGUUUCUUCACUCAGUGCUGGUGUUGUAGGAGGUGAGGAUGUAGGGAACAGGCCUUGGCUGGUCCGUCUACACAUUUCCGGCCGUGGCUUCUGCGGAGGUUCCCUCAUCAGCCGUGAAUGGGUGCUCACUGCAGCUCACUGCACUGACUAUCUAUCCUCAGACUCUGAACUGAACUAUACCGUUUACCUGGGUAGGCAGAGCCAAAACACUUCGGUGUCUAACCCACACGAGGUGAGUCGAGGAAUCCGAUCCAUCGUUCCACAUCCGGACUACGACCCCUCACAGUGUGUUAACGACAUCGCCUUGCUGAGACUGAGCGAGCCAGUGAACUUCACGAACUACAUUAGCCCCAUCUGCCUCGCUGCGAACGACAGCGUCUUUUACAACUGCACCACCUGCCGGUCCACCAGAUGGGGAGAAACCGGCUUUUUAGACUCUCAGCACACUUAUGGAACUCUGCAGGAAGUGAAGAUGAGAAUAGUUGGGAAUAAGGAGUGUGACUGCAGGGUUAUGGACGUAACAAUCACUCCGACAAUGAUCUGUGCCGAAGAAGAGGCUGGAGAAAAAACAUGUUAUAGAGAUUCUGGUGGUCCAUUACAGUGUGAGCAGGAAUCUGUCUGGAUCUUAGCUGGUGUCACUAAUCCUUCUUCUUGUGGCACUGGAAAUGCACCUGACAGCUAUGCUAGAGUAUCCAGUUACCAAAACUGGAUUAUGAAGAAUGUUAAUGGAACAGACAUUGGCUUUGUGACUUUUACAUCUGAUGGUGAAGACAAGGACAGCAGCUUUCUGUGUAGUCACGGAAGAUAUAGAGACAUCAUCGCUCCACUUUGGACAGACAUGGACAACACUGUCAAUGGAACAAUCUCCUAUCGUCAGGUCACCAGUGGUGGACUCUUACUAGCAGCUUCAAACAACAUAAACCAGUAUUUUCCCAAUCUGAACUUCACUGCCUCAUGGCUGUUCAUUGCCACUUGGGAUAAAGUACCCUACUAUGACGACCCACAAUCGGUCAACAAUAAUGGAUAUUUGACGUUUGAACCAUUUUAUGAAAGCCUCCCCAAGGCUUUCCCUGCAAACUCUACUAGAGAUAUUAUAGCUCCACUCUGGGCAAAGUUGGACUGUAGCGUCAGAGGAAGCAUCUCCUACAGAAUUGUAACUCGGGGCCAUAUUCUGGACCGGGCGAGAAAUGAUAUCAAACAGUAUUUCCCUCAGUUUGGGUUCUCAGUUUAUACGGUGUUCAUUGCGACUUGGAAUUGGAUGCCCUACUUGAACAGCUCCACGACGGCUGGCUAUGACACAAUAAACUCAACAGAUUAUUUUUCGAUCCCUGUGCCUGAUGAAAGUAAGCUCUUCAACUCCAGUAAUGUCAAUGUCCCGGGACGCUGGGUGUUUCGUGUUGACGGUGGACCUGAGGAGGGAGUAUUCUACCCAUAUGGAGAUGAAGAGGAUGAGAUGUGUCCUCAGUCAGAUGAUGGAAGUUCUCCACCGAUUCCUCUUCUGCAGCCGUUUGUGUACUUUGGCCGAGUAUAUGACAAAAUAUUUGCUGGCUAUGACACAAUAAACUCAACAGAUUAUUUUUCAAUCCCUGUGCCUGAUGAAAGUAAGCUGUUCAACUCCAGUAAUGUCAAUGUCCCGGGACGCUGGGUGUUUCGUGUUGAUGGUGGACCUGAGGAGGGAGUAUUCUACCCAUAUGGAGAUGAAGAGGAUGAGAUGUGUCCUCGGUCAGAUGAUGGAAGUUCUCCACCGAUUCCUCUUCUGCAGCCGUUUGUAUACUUUGGCCGAGUAUAUGACAAAAUAUUUCAGUGGCACAUCAGAAGUUAUUGGGUAAAAGCAUCAUUGUUUUUUGUGUCAGCUUCCUCAGAUGAUGUUUCUAGUGCUCUGAUGUGUGGAAUAACCCCAGUUACCACCAGCAGCAGGACAGUAGGAGGUCAGAACGCUUCAGCCGGACGCUGGCCCUGGCAGGCUAGUCUUCUUCUGCUAAGCAGACACAUCUGUGGAGGUUCUCUCAUCAACAAAGAAUGGGUGCUGUCUGCUGCACGUUGUGUUCUUGGGUAUCCCACCUCUUUUUUCACUGUGGUUUUGGGGCGACAGAUCCAGGGAGUCUUCAGCCCCAAUGAAGUGUUCAGAUAUGUGAGGAGAAUCAUCAAACAUCCCAGUUACAACAAUUUGACAAACGAAAACGAUAUCGCUCUUCUCAAAUUGAGGACACCCGUCACCUUCACCGACUACAUCAGACCCGUGUGUCUAGCAGCUUAUAACAGUGUGUUCAACAGCGGCACAGACAGCUGGAUCACUGGAUGGGGAAACAUUAGUGAAGGAGUGGCUCCUCCGUCCCGUCAAGUUCUUCAGGAAGUAGAGGUUCCUGUAAUUGGUAACAGACAGUGCAACUGUCUCUAUGGAGUUGGAAAUAUAACAGACAACAUGAUCUGUGCUGGUGUCCUGGAAGGAGGCAAAGAUUCGUGUCAGAGGGACUUAGGAGGUCCGAUGGUGAGCAUGCAGAGCUCUGUAUGGGUUCAGUCUGGUAUUGUUAGCUUUGGGACUGUCUGUGCUGGACCUGAACUUCCUGGUGUGUACACCAGAGUAUCACGCUAUCAGGAAUGGAUCAGCUCUUUUGUGUGCAGUGAUCCUCCAGGUUUUGUGCAGUUUACCUCCGCUGAAGCUGAUCCUGACUACAGUUACAGCUGUCCGGGUCUUCCUCCUCCUUCCUCAUUAAUAGGUUCAGUAUCUAACAUUAGAUCUUCUGCAACAACUCCUACUCAAAAUUCUUCGCUAUCAUAUUUGCUGUUACUUUUAGCAAUACUUAAUUUUAUGUGUAAAGAUACAUUUGGGGCAAAUACCUUUAAUCAUCAGGAAUAUAUCAAAUAUGACAAGAAGAAAUAAUACAAUAUGUUUCAAAUAUAACAAUGAUCUCUGAAUGAUCAUGUGCCACUAAAUAUAUAUAUAUAUAUAUACAUACACUAUAUUGCCAAAAGUAUUCAAAAGUAUAGCAGCAAUAUAGUGUAUAUAUAGACACUAUUAUAUGUGUAUAUUAAUUAGGGGUGGCAUGAUACAUAGUUGUCACGGUACAGGUCAAGGUUCGAUACAACAGGAGAAAAACAACAAAUAUACCAUGCACGGUUACUUCAUUUAUUUUGAACAGAUAGUAGUAUAAAUUACAUUUUUUCCCUCCUAGAUGUGAAAACAAUAAACAUUAGGCUAUAUUACAUUACAAU